GUACGCCUUCCCAUGAUGCAAUGUGACAGCUGUCAAAAUGGCGGCCUCCACACAAUGUUUUGAAACUUGAAAGUGGGCUCCCUUACUGGUGUAUACCCCCCGGAUUAAUGCAUUUUAGCCAAGGUGUCAUUGCCACAUUUUGUUAUCAUUAAUCUGUGUUGAUUAUAAAGAAUACCCUGCUGCAUGUGCUGUCAUGCUGAUACUGCAAGACAUUCAACGAUAAGUUGCUGAGACAUUGAUUCUAAGCGUUUGUUUUGUGCACAGUAUCUUCAGAAGUUGAAAUGGCUAGUUCUGGUAGUGCGAAGGGCCGGACUAGCUCACAUGGAUCGGCAGGGUCCAGGGGUUCACGCACUCCUCCAACAAGUGCUGGAAAGGUCCCAGUUAAAAAAUCAGCCAGUGCCAGCAACGCUGAUGCAGCAAGAAAACCAUUGAAACCGUCUCGUCCAUCGGAUCGACUAAACCCGAAAACCGUUGAUCCUUUUGCCAAUUCAAAGAAGAAUAUGUCAGCCUUUGCGUCAGUGUAUUCCAGUGGAGGCCUUCCAUGCAGACUGGUCCAUGGCAGUGUGAAGCACAAGAUAGCCUGGGACAGUCCACCAGAUAAUGUACAGUUUGAUCCUGUCCUAGUCACAUUAGCAGAGGGUUUAAGAGAAACUGUUCACCCAUACACAUUUGUCUCAUGUGCUGGAUUUAAGGAGUUGUUAGAAGUCCAAGACUCGGGUGAUAAGGCAGCUCCUCUCUUACCAAAGUUGGCGCCGUCACUAAGAGCAGCACUGGCUCACAGUGAUGCAGGUGUAUUUGAGAGGUCACUUGAUGCCCUUCAGCAGCUCAGUAACUCUGUGGGACCAGCACUGAAUCCACACCUCAAAAACUUGCUGAUGCCAGUAUCCAAAAAGAUGAUGGACAAAAAAUACAAAGAAAAGUGUACAGACAUCUUACAACAACUGGAGCAGAAUGGAGGGAGGGAGGUUCUACCAAUAAUCAAGUCCAAAGUACCAACGUAUUCAUCUAUUUAUGGAUAAAACAUUGAUAAUUGUUUGUACAUAAUAUUACAGAUAUAUAUAUUUAUAUCAAACUGA